CCAUUUAUGCAUUGUCGCACAUUCGUUGCUAGGUGACGAAAUCAGUAGCUGCCAGCCUCCGGCAAUAUGCGACUUUGUCUCUCGAUUUGUAUGCUCGGUUAUGAGCCAUGCAGACUCCUACUGAGCUACAUCACUGUCUAUUGCGUUUCUAGUGCGUACCAAACGUCCAUCACGUACAUUAGAUUGCGUACAUAAAAAUAAACGAUUAACGUAAUUAAGAAGGAAAACUGUCGGCUUCAUUGUGUGUGAGUAAAGUGGGAAGUGUGAUUGAUUGAGGAGAGGCUUCGUGAGCUCUUACUGCGCGCUUUAUCUGCACUCUCAAGUGAAGAGGUGGUUUAGUGUUGGGGCGAGAACGCUCUGCUGAUGCUUGUGUGUGAGAUCCAAGUUUAUAGAGCCGAUCCGAUCAUUGUAGCAGUCAAGAAGAAGUCGAAAGGGUCCAAGUUGUGGGAGGAAUUGCUACAGCAUGUGCAGCUCGUUCAGCAUCACUACUUCAGUCUUCAGUAUCGAGACUCAUUGAACGUCAAGCGCUGGUUGAAUUUCAAGAAGCCCUUGUUCAAACAGUUGAAAUGCGGAACGUUUAGUGAUUCAUUUCCUGUUAGCCUGAAGGUUAAGUUCUGGCCUGAGGAUCCUAACCAGGUGACAGAUGACCUGGCGAGGUGUCUUAUGGUCGCCGAAGUUUACGAGUUACUGCAGAAAGGAAGACUACACUGCAAGAAGGACAGUAUUGCUCUAGUAGGGGGGUUGACAUUACAAAGCGAACUGGGAGACUACGAAGAGAGCAGUCUACAGGAUGGAUAUGCAAGCACCUUCUUCCUCUGCAAAGAUCAGACUGAGGAACGUGAAGAGGAAAUGGAGAGGUUCCAUCAGUCGGUUCAGUGCAGAGGUCUGUCACCAUCAGAUUGCGACCGACACAUUCUACAGGUGGCAAGAGUGCAGUUGUUGUAUGGACUUCAUUUGUACAGUGCUGAGGAAUAUGAUGGUUACAGGAUUGAGUUGGGAAUUGGUUGUAAAGGGUUAUUGGUUUAUAGGAGGAGUGUGCUUAUCAACACGUUCAUAUGGAGUUGUGUGAAGAAGUCGUUUGCGGAGAAGGAGAUUUUCUUUGUGGAGUUGAAGACUCUAGGACGAAGAGAUCAAAUUGGAUUUCUGAUGGAGACAAAGGAGGAAGCCAAAGCCGCUUCAAAAUUUUUUGCAGAAUGUUACGAUUUUUACACGAGUAAUUAUAGAGAAGCAAUUAGUUCACGAAGUUCGUUACCAGUUUCCUUACCUCGUAAUCGCAAGAGUUCUCAAAGUAACGGAAAGAAGGGACCUCAGAGGUCUUUGUCGACGUGUUCUGCAACUCCUGUUGCAGCUCCUAAUCACGGGAUGUUUGAUCUGACGUCAACAUAUCCUCGUUCCAUUCAUCCUAUUCGAGCAGUUAAUCUCAGACAUCGUGCUGUACAUGCUGAUAAAAAUGAAUGUUCCAGCUGUUUAUCGCCAUCACCUCUAAGAGAGUUAACAGCUACAGUUACAUCCAAUAGUAGCAAGGCAUUUUCAUUUGACGACAAGGACUUAUUUGUAUGUCCAGAAGAAUGGGAGGAUCGAAAUGAGUUAAUCAUCGCCAACGACAACGUGUGCACGCUAGAACAAGGUGGCAACGAAAGUCUCAGUAUCGACAGCAUCAACAGCAUGGGUAGAGUCACACCGGAUGCUGUGGACAUUCCUGAUGUUGAUAUCAACCAGGUUGUUCGAGCGUUGUCCGAGGAAAAAAAUGAGUCGUCGGAUUCAUACAAUUUUGUUGCCUGUGAGCUUCGAGAUACAGAAAGAUCAUAUUGUGCUGAUUUGCAACUAUUGAACGUGAAAUUCAGGUUGCAGUUAGUCAUGGCUAAUGUCCUCUCACCGAGGCAGAUUUCUGAGUUGUUUGGCAAUCUCAGUUUUAUCCAUGACUUUAGCAACAACUUUCUAUUUGAACUGGAAGAAAGAAUCAUUUUGUGUGAUGCAGACCCAGAAAAGUACAACUACAGAUACCAGAUCGGCGACAUAUUGAAAACACGAAUGGCAUCUAUGAAGCUCUACACGAGUUACGUGAAGAACGAAAGCAAGAUUUUUGAGUUGGUGAGUCACUGGCAACGAGAAAACUCCGAGUUUAAUCGCUUGUGUUCUCAAUUCGAAAGUGAUGAGGCUUGCCAUCGACCUUUGUAUGAGCUUCUCUAUCGACCAUUUCAAAGGAUGAUCCAUUAUAAGGAACUAAUGAAACGACUUAUUCGUUAUUCAGAGGAACAGGAUGACUGUAAUGAUGUGAAAGAGGCAUUACUUUAUCUAGAGAAAGCACUAGAACAUGUGAAUGAAUCAACACGAGCUGCUGAAAAUACUCGUAAAAUGAUUCGCAUACAAAGAGAAGUAAUUGGAGUACGAAACGUCCUGCAACCUGGUCGGACACUUAUUAUGGAAGGAAGUUUACUCAAAGUCGAAUCGAAAAUGUCGCAAGUGAAUCAUUUUUUUCUGUUUUGUGACAUUCUUCUGUAUGCUGUUGAGAGAUCGGGUCUCAGCGGAGUGCAACUUGUUGCUCGCGGUGUCUUACCAUUGGAUGGAAUGAAAAUAGAGUCAGGCAACGAGGGUGACGGUGACGACACUACGUCAGCGUUUGUGAUCAUCACGGACACCACGAUGUUUACAGUGAUCGCAGACUCGACAAGGCAGAAGAAGUUGUGGACGAUGACGUUGACUGAAACCAUCGCACAAUGUAACAGCAGCAGCGCCGACAUUCAACUUCCUGCGGUCAGUGUGGAUCGACCUUCCAGCGAUUCUGUUAUUAAGUCAAUCAGCAACGUGAAAAGCUGCAUGAGCUGUGACAGCAAGUUUCACAUUUUUAGAAAACGAUGGAUGUGUGAUACAUGCUACAAGGUUGUCUGUAAGAAUUGUCUCGACGAACGUUCCUCUAAAUUGUCAGACAAUGAAAAGCACAUGUGCGUGACGUGUUCUGCUAAAGCUAAGAGACGUGAAAGUUUAAGUGUCACACAGACGACGGUCAGGCAAAGCAGCCGUCAGAAGUCAUCGCCUCAACGUGUGAGGAUGUCGAAGAUUUCGAGUGCGUUGACAUUGAGGACGAACGUGAGCAAUAGCAGACUGUCAGAGCAGACAAAUAUUGCAUCACCUGAGAGAAAACCUCCGAAUCCAUUGUGUGUCACUCCUUCGAACUUGCUAUUGUCUCUAAGGAGCAGCUCUUUCUCAAAGGAUAGUGAAAUGAGUGGCUACCUGUUUCGUAAAGCAAGAGGGAAGGGUGGAUGGAAGAAGUUUUGGGUGGUUGUCUCUCAGUUUAGUCUCUGUCAUUACAAAAACCACAACGAUUCUGUUUCUGUGAGUAGAACGGUUCCAGUGGAUUAUGAGUUGGCAUUUCCAGAUGUGGAUGAUGUAGAGGCUGUUGGCUGCAUGUACGUGUUUAAGCUCUCAUGUGGGCCUCGAGUGCUCUUCUACAUGGCAGAAAGCAAGUGUGCGUUAGAUAGGUGGAUAGAAAUACUAAGUUUGUGUGUCAAACGCAGUCGAGUUCAUCGCCAGCUUAGUCAUCUCUCAAAACAUCCCAUCAGUCCGGAUGACAAGCAACGAUGCUACACUGUAUGCUGAACUACAUAAACACAACUUGUCAGACCACCAUAUGAGAGACUGUGGAAUAGAGUAUUUUCAGUUUUUAUGUGUAAAAGUAAUUAAUUGUUAUAUGCACAUAUGGUCGUGCAGAAUGAGAGUUUUUGUACACUGA